AUGGCCGAGACUGCCGCACAAGGCUCAGUCCCAACCUUCAAGCUCGUGCUUGUCGGUGAUGGUGGUACUGGAAAGACCACCUUCGUCAAGCGCCAUUUGACUGGAGAGUUUGAGAAGAAGUACAUUGCGACGCUCGGAGUAGAGGUCCACCCUCUCGGCUUCACCACCAACCUCGGACCCAUCCAGUUCGACGUGUGGGACACCGCUGGUCAGGAGAAGUUUGGUGGUCUCCGCGAUGGAUACUACAUCAACGGCCAGUGCGGUAUCAUCAUGUUCGACGUUACCUCGCGUAUCACAUACAAGAACGUCCCCAACUGGCACCGCGACCUGGUCCGUGUCUGCGAGAACAUCCCCAUCGUCCUCACCGGUAACAAGGUCGACGUCAAAGAGCGCAAGGUAAAGGCAAAGUCCAUCACCUUCCACCGAAAGAAGAACCUCCAGUACUACGACAUCUCCGCCAAGUCCAACUACAACUUCGAGAAGCCCUUCCUCUGGCUCGCCAGGAAACUCGUCGGCAACCAGUCUCUCGACUUUGUCGCCGCCCCUGCUCUUGCGCCUCCCGAGGUCCAGGUCGACCAGGCCGUUCUCGACCAGUACCGACAGGAGAUGGAGGCCGCCUCUGCCUUGCCUCUGCCCGAUGAGGACGACGCCGAUUUGUAG